AUGAUAUAUCAGAACACAUCAGAAAGAUGUCUGCUAUCGAAGUUAUCAAAGUGUAGUAAAUUUGUAUUCUGGGGAAGAGGACGGAUCCCUCAUACCAACCUCUCAGAAUGCCUCAAGAUCCUUCUAGGAGUCAAGAUCCCACUUUCUCUACAGACCAGGUUAGCUAGUGCCAAGAAGUCUGAGAAUGAUCCUGGACCAUCCACAUCCACUGGAAGCCAGUCCGUGUCAGAUCGUAAGCAAAAGUUGUUGGCUUUGGCUCCCAAACUGCCGUUUGACGUGGAUCUCUAUCACUGGGAAGAUGAUAAAUUGCCUGUUCCAACUAUGAUUCCAAAUAGUACCGAAGGACACAGAUUCUGGCUGGGGUCAGAAAGUUGCAUGGAUGAACUACCAGUGCCUGAAGGCUCUGCUGCACUCCGAACCAGAGUGAUAGAGUUUACUGGCAACUUCUCACCAGUCUCUCAUAGCUGCAGGGUGCGUUUGCCUAGUGGCAAAUUGUGCCCUCGGCCGUGA